CCUGGUCUACAUAUUGAGUUCCAGGUCAGCUAGGAAUAUGUAUGUAUAUGCAUAAAUAUGCGUGUCUUUAUGUAAGUAUAUAUGACGUCAAUAUUUUUGAGACAGGGUCUCAUGUAGCCUAGGCUGGCUCAAACUCCAUAUGUAGCCUAGAAUAAUCUGAAAAUUCCAUGCCUCUACCUCCUAAGUGCUGCGAUCAUAGGUGUGUACCACUACUAAAAGUAUGUAAUUUCUAAUGGCAUUAAUAUGUAACCAGUUUUUGUUUCCUUAAUAAGGAGAAAUUUAAGUCAAUUUAAAUAUGACUGGAGACAAAUGCAGCCUUUAGGUGAGUGAGAACACUACCACUACAAACUUGACAAAUCUCAAGUGGUAUAUUGGGUGGUUUGAACUUUAAAAGCCAUGCAGUUUUUCCUGCAAACAGCCUAGGAAAGCCACCAAUCUGUCUCAAAUCACUUGUGUGACUCUAGUUCUGCCUUUCAGCCUGCAAAGGAAAUGUCUCCCCAGCCCCCGCCUGGACUUCCUGCAAAGGAAAUGUCUCCCCAACUCCUGCCCGAACUCCCUGCUGAUGUUUUCCACUUUUCCUGUGCCUUACAAAAAAACUUUCCCUUGGAAACCAUUUUCCCUGGUUACUCCUUUGGCUGAUUUUUCCACACAAAGAACUGAAAGCAUUUAUCCCCAAGGGAAGAAGCUAUUUUAGAUCUGACUAAGGAGUCAGUUAAUAUUUUCAACUUUCCCUUCUGUUCUUUGUUUUUAAAGAGAGUCUGGUUUUGUUUCACUUUCAGCGGGAGACUUAAAUGACAUCAAGCAAAGCCUACUUAGUUUAGAUUUCCAGAAGUUUGUUGGUGAAAAAAAAAAUCAAACAUGAAGCAUGCCGUUUUGUUUUGUCUCAUUCUGCUUAUCAUUUUCCAAACUGAUUGUGAACAAAGAGAACAAGGUACUGGGAAGCAGAGGAGGAGGAUACAUCAGAGAAGACUCAGGAAAAGCUCCUCACUCCACCACAGAGCAAACAGGCAGCUUGGAAAUCAGCAAACCGCUGCUGCAGCAAAAGCUCCAUUACCCACUACCAACUCUGACUACAGUGUGGAGGAAAACUUAGAAUCCCUUCUAAGUCCUCUUGGAGUAGAAUCAAGUUACAAUGUGUUACCAGGAAAGAAAGGACACUGCUUUGUAAAGGGAAUGAUCAUGUACAACAAGGCCAUCUGGUCUCCUGAGCCCUGCAGCACCUGCCUCUGUUCAAAUGGAAGAGUACUUUGUGAUGAAACUGUGUGCCACCCCAAGACGUGCCCCUAUACCAUUAAGCCAGAAGGAGAAUGCUGCCCCAUCUGUUCUGAUGCUGAACAAAGAGAAUCCAUUGACAUGCUUCACAAGCAAGUGAAACCUCCUCAGAUGGAAAUGGAACAAAUAGUUAUAAAAGAAGCUCUUCAAUCCGAGGAGGAAGAAGAAGACAUGAAAGAACACAUGGAGCACAAGAACGAAACCUCUGGGCCUACUACACUUCACAGUGAUGAGGAAAGAGUGGAGGGAAAGCUGAGGCCUGAGGAGGAAAGGCGGUCAGCACGUCAACCACUCUACCAUGGACGAGGGGAGGAAGAGGAUGAUUAUGAGGAGUCUGAAGGGGAAGGAGAAAAGGAAGAGGAGGAUGCCAUAAGAGGAGAUGUGUUCCGAAUGUCCCCCAGGUUAAUGCCUGGUACUCCAAGAGGCAGGCCACGCCUGCCCGGAAGCUGUGCCCUGUCCUACAAGACCAUCAGCUGCAUUCAUGCAGCCUUCACCCAGAUCCCACCAAUAACAGCACCAGAAGUAACAAGCCUGGAGCUUGCUGGGAAUUCAAUCAGUUCCAUUCCGGACGAAGCAUUUAAUGGAUUACCAAAUUUGGAAAGGCUUGAUCUGAGCAGAAAUAAUAUCACUUCUUCAGGCAUAGGUCCAAAAGCAUUCAAGGUUUUGAAGAAGUUAAUGCGUCUGAACAUGGAUGGAAAUAAUUUGGUACACAUCCCUUCAGAAUUACCAUCUACACUAGAAGAACUUAAAAUAAAUGACAAUAAUCUCCAGGCCAUCGAUGAAGAAAGUUUAUCAGACUUAAAUCAACUUGUCACCUUAGAAUUGGAAGGAAACAAUCUCAGUGAAAUCAAUGUCAAUCCGUUAGCUUUCAAAUCUUUGAAGAGCCUUUCAUACCUACGUCUGGGAAAAAACAAAUUUAGAAUCAUACCACAAGGUCUUCCUGCUUCUAUUGAGGAAUUAUACCUAGAAAAUAAUCAAAUUGAAGAAAUAACUGAAAUUUGUUUCAAUCAUACCAGAAAGAUUAAUAUGAUUGUACUACGUUAUAAUAAAAUAGAAGAAAGUCGGAUUGCUCCUUUGGCAUGGAUAAAUCAAGAAAAUCUUGAAUCCAUUGACUUGUCCUAUAACAAGCUUUACCAUGUCCCCUCCUAUCUACCUAAGUCUCUGCUGCACCUUGUACUAAUUGGGAACCAGAUUGAACGGAUCCCUGGCUAUGUUUUUGGCCAUAUGGAACCUGGCCUGGAGUACUUGUAUCUGUCAUUUAAUAGACUUUCUGAUGAUGGUGUGGACCUAGUCUCAUUCUACGGGGCAUAUCAUUCUCUGAGAGAAUUGUUUCUGGAUCACAAUGACUUAAAAUCCAUACCACCUGGAAUACAAGAAAUGAAAGCACUACAUUUUCUGAGGCUGAACAACAAUAAGAUUCGGAAUAUUCUUCCUGAACAAAUUUGCAAUGUUGAAGAAGACGAAGACUCUGCUCUAGAACAUCUUCAUCUUGAAAACAAUUACAUUAAAACUAGAGAAAUAUCCCCUUAUGCAUUUUCAUGCAUAAGACUGUAUUCAAGUAUUGUUCUUAAACCACAAAAGAUCAAGUAAUUUCAAGUUUUCAUUUGCCAUUUAUAAAUUUUACUCAUGCAUUAAA